AUGCCUGCUCAACUUCAUUCCAAAAUCAGUAAUUCCACCUUUCUCCUUAUGGGUUUCCCUGGAUUUGAAAAGGAAUACCCCUGGCUCUCCAUCCCCUUCUCUUGUGUCUAUGCUAUGAUACUCUCUGGCAACUGUCUGGUGCUGCAUGUGAUCCGCAUGGAGCCGAGCCUGCAUCAGCCCAUGUUCUACUUUCUGGCCAUGCUGGCCCUCACGGACCUGUGCAUGGGGCUGUCCACAGUACACACGGUGCUGGGCACCCUGUGGGGGCUGAGCCAGGAGAUUGGUCUGGAAGCUUGCAUUGCUCAAACCUUCUUUAUUCAUGGUCUCUCGGCCAUGGAGUCUGGAGUACUUCUCGCCAUGGCCUUUGAUCGCUUUACUGCCAUCUGCAAUCCUCUGAGAUAUACUUCCAUCCUCACCAAUACCAGAAUCAUCAGCAUUGGUGCGGUUAUUCUAGGGAGGAGUUUUCUGUUGAUUCUUGCUCCCAUCAUCCGCCUGAAGUUCUUCCAUUACUGCCGCCCCCACAUCCUCUCCCACUCUUUCUGCCUGCACCAGGAUCUGCUCCGGCUGGCCUGCUCCGACAUCCGCUUCAACAGCUUCUAUGCCUUAGCCCUGGUGAUCUGUGAAUUGUUACUGGAUUCAGUGCUCAUUCUCAUCUCCUACAUCUUGAUCUUGCACUCAGUUUUGACCAUUGCAUCUCGGGAGGAGCGAAUCAAGUCCUUGCAGACCUGUGUCUCCCACAUCUCUGCAGUCUUGGUUUUCUAUGUCCCGAUCAUUGGCCUGACCAUGGUGCACCGCUUUGGGAAGCAUCUCUCACCUGUGGUCCAUGUCCUCAUGGGCAACAUCUAUAUCCUUUUCCCACCUUUGAUGAACCCUAUCAUCUACAGUGUCAAGACCCAACAAAUCCGUAGCAGGAUCCUGAGAUGGUUCACCAAACAAAACUAA